AUGUCUUCUUCCUUGUUCAAACUCAUCUUCUUCACCUCCGUUUUUCUUCUUCCUUGCCCCGUAACCUCCAUGGAAGCCGAUGCCCUUCUAAAAUGGAAACUUAGCCUCGAUAACGACACCCAAACUUUGCUCUCUCGUCUGUGGCCGCCGGUCAAAAGCAACCACUGCAGCUGGGCCGGGGUCACCUGCGACAACACCACCGGGAGCGUCACCGGCAUAGCCCUGAAUGACUACAGCUUUAGACUGAGAGGUACACUCGACGAUCUCGACUUCCUUGCCUUCCCUAACUUGAUUUCGCUUCAGCUUCGAAACAACUCACUGUACGGCCGCAUUCCUUCCGGUGUUGGAAGCCUCUCCAAACUCGUCUUCCUCGACCUGUCGGACAAUAACUUCCAUGGCUCCAUGCCUGAAGAACUUGGGACGUUGAGCUCACUUCAGUACUUGAAUUUCUCUUGGAACAGCCUAACAGGCCGCGUCCCAUCAUCUAUAGGAAACUUAAGUAACUUGGAGUCUCUCUACAUUUACAUUAAUCACAUCUCUGGUUCGAUCCCCAUUGAAAUAGGGUUGCUCAGAUCACUUUCCACGUUGAAGCUAUCUGGGAAUAAUCUCACCGGUGUCAUCCCUGUUUCCAUAGGGAACUUGACCUACUUAUCUACACUGAAGCUUCACAACAAUGGGAUUUCUGGGUCAAUCCCAAGAGAGAUAACGAUGCUUAAAUCGCUCAACACAUUGACUUUAACUAAUAACUCAAUCUCCGGUCCGAUUCCUGCUUCCCUGGGGAACAUGACCAGCUUGUCUAUACUUGUUCUUAGUGAAAAUAGUUUGACUGGUCUCAUCCCUCCCGGUCCAGUAUACGGUAAUCUUACUAAUUUGCAGUUAUCAAACAACCAUCUCACCGGUCCAUUACCGGAGAAUCUAUGCCUCGGUGGAGUACUCACUCGUUUCGGGGCGGGGAACAACGACUUGACGGGUUCGAUCCCGUCGAGUUUGAGAGAUUGCAGAAGCUUAUAUAGAGUAAGGCUUGAAGGAAACCACUUCACCUGUAACAUAUCGGAUGCUUUUGGUGUGUAUCCGAAUUUGGAUUAUAUUGCAUUAAGUGACAAUGAGUUUUUUGGUGAGCUUUCUCCAAAAUGGGGGCAGUGUCCUAAUCUAACCAGCUUGAGAGUCUCCAAAAACAACAUUUCUGGGAGAAUACCUGUUGAAUUAGGACGUGCAGCACGGUUAGGGGAACUUGAUCUCUCUUUGAAUCAUCUCGUCGGUGAGAUUCCGAAAGAACUAGGAGGAUUGGCAAUGAUGUCCCGUCUUUCGUUAAGAGGUAACCGGUUUUCUGGGAAGAUUCCACCGGAGAUCGGACUUCUUUCGAAUCUAGAACAACUUAACUUGGCAUCAAACAACCUGUGUGGACCUAUUCCUGAUAAUCUUGGCAACUGCUCCAAGUUGUUCAGCUUGAAUUUGAGCAAGAACAGUCUUGGUUGGGCCAUUCCAUCUUCAAUAAGCCACAUGAAUGCUCUUCAAAACCUGGAUUUGAGUCAUAAUUCUCUCGUUGGAGGUAUCCCACAACAGUUUGGAAGCUUGCAUUCCUUGGAGAUACUGAACCUUUCACACAACAUGCUCAAUGGUUCCAUCCCAAAAGCUUUCAAUGAUCUGCAUGGUUUGAGAUUUGUGAACAUAUCUUUCAAUCGAUUGGAAGGUCCAAUACCAGACCUUAGGGCAUUUCAUGAGGCUUCUUUUAAUGCCUUAAGGAACAAUAAAGGCCUAUGUGGUAAUGCCACUAGACUAAUGCCUUGUGCCCUUCCUUCUCGAGCCAGCCAUGGUCAUGAAAGAAGGAUCAAACUCACCAUUCUGGUUGCGGUUCCACUCUUUGCUGUUCUACUCUUACUGUCCCUUUCCCUUACUUUCUGCAAAAAGACUCAAACCCGAGAAUCCGACCCCUCCUACCCCGAGUCGAACGAGGACCAAAUCGGAGACUUUUUCACCGUAUUAGGAUUCAACGGAAGGCAGCUCCAUGACAGCAUCAUCGAAGCCACCGAAGAUUUCAGCUCCGACUAUCGCAUCGGUUCGGGAGGAUACGGGACUGUUUAUAAAGCCGUAUUACCAACAGGCCAAGUUGCAGCGGUGAAGAAGCUUCACCGAUCCGAAGACACCAUGGCUAUCAACAACUCGAAAGCUUUCGAAAGCGAGAUCGCUGCUUUGUUGGAGAUAAGGCACCGUAACAUUGUGCAGAUGUACGGGUUUUGUUCACAUCGAAAGCACUCGUUUCUGGUCUAUGAAUUCGUGGAGAGGGGGAGCUUGAAGAUGGUGUUGAGCAACGAUGAACACGCAAAGGAGUUGGAUUGGGAGAAGAGGAUAAACGUUGUUAAAGGAUUGGCUAGUGCCGUGUGUUACAUGCAUCACGACCAUUCGCAACCUGUAGUUCAUAGAGACAUUUCAAGCAACAAUGUUCUGUUGGAUUUUUACUAUGAAGCUCGUGUCUCUGAUUUCGGAACCGCUAGGAUUUUAAGGCCAGACUGCACCAAUUGGACAUCACUCGUGGGCACAUACGGGUACAUUGCUCCAGAGUUGGCUUAUUCGAUGAGGGUGGAUGAGAAAUGUGAUGUGUACAGCUUUGGGGUGCUAACGAUUGAAGUUUUAAUGGGGAGGCAUCCCGGCAAUCUUCUUUCAUGUUUGACGUCUUCGUCGUCAAAAGACCACCGGAGUUUACUUAAAGAUGUGAUAGACCAACGUCUUUCACCGCCGGUAACCAAAACCGCAGAGGACAUAUUCUCUACCCUAAAGAUAGCAUUUGCAUGCUUGAAUAGCGAUCCCCAACUUCGGCCGACCAUGCGCCAAGUUACUCAUGCCCUUACUCGUCAAUCUCUUCCAUCGCCAGCCCCCUUCUCCACCAUAAAGUUGGCAGAAUUGUUGGGUCAUGUUAUGUAG